AUGCAUUGGGUUGCAACGAAUGGGCUUUGGCAAAACGAAUCAAGAGGUUGCUUUAAUGCCAUGGUCAGGUUGCUCGCCACCGCCGGGGCCAACUUGGACGCUAUUGACUACAAGGGUCGCACUACUCUUCGCGAAUUCGCCUUGAAUGGCUCUAGGGCGGUCACGCCAACGCUCGAAUAUGAAGACGUCAUUACUAACAAGUGCCCCGCUUGGGUUUAUGCACUUUUCCUCAGGUUUAUCAUUGACGCCGGUGCGGAUCCUAAUGUCCAGGACAAUGACGGCAUGACACCUUUGCAACUUGCUGUCUCCAGGAGGGAGUCGGUUAUGAUCGAGAUUCUCCUGCGCUAUGGAGUGAAUGCGAUGAUCACGAACAACGACGGAAUUCGUGCUAGUAUGGUGGUAAACGGGGAGGGGGUGGUGGUUGAUACGAUUAACUUAGAGGUCCGGCAGUAUGAGGCGGCUCAGUUGGAAAGGACUGAUCUGAGAUGGAUCGCUGUCCUUUGA